GAGGUGGGAGGUGUUAGAUGUUUAGAUGGACAGCUCUGUCAGGACGGACUCCCACAACAAGGCCUGGCUUUUUUUGUGUUUCUCUUUUGUUUUCUUUUGUUUAAAAGUUCCUAACCUGAGGUGGAGACGCGUCUUUGUGGGUUUUAUUUGACUCCGGGGUUGCUGCGGAAUGAAGCGUCUGGAGCAGCGGAAACGGGGAGGCGGAUGUGAAGCCAAAUAAAUAAGAUAUGAAUGUUUUUCACCCAGAUCCUCGCGGAGGAGAAGCCAGCGACGGAGCGGAGAGGAAAGAUGUGGCGACCGUGAUUUAAAGAAAAUAAAAACGGAAAUCAUCAAAAAGGCAAAUAUUUUUCCACCUCGCGUUGGGGCUACGGGGCGGCGGCGAGGCUGUGGCCGGGAUCGGGAGCGUUGGUUCCCGCUUGGAAGCCGCUGUCGGGUCGGUGGUUUGUGGGCCGUGUGGAGCUCCGUCCUCCAUGAUCGAGCGACUUGUUCUGGGCUUUUAUUACCAUGCAGAGGCCGUUAUAACCACACAAAGGUCUGGUAUUUCCAAUCCCUCCUCUCCUCCCCUGUGGGCCAUAGGACUGCCCCAUCAUCACCCCCUCCUCCCUGGACAGACCAGCAGAAGGAUAUGGAUUGUUCUUCAGACUUUCUUCCUCGCCUUUCACUGCCACUUCCAUCUCCCUCUCUUUCAGUAAUGACUAGGUGGAUGAUUUACACAGUACUCUAGUGCCCUUGAGCAAAAUAUUGCUCUGCUGUUGACACCUUAAAUUUGUCAAAAUGGAAGGGUGCAAAUCAACGUUAAGGGAGAUAACUCAGCAGUACUGACAGUGGAAGCAGGAUAUAAAUGACUGAUAAAGAGGUAGAAAGGUUCGGCCUUGUCAACAUCUCAUGUCUAUUGGAAUGAUAAGUUGUGGAACUGGAGAAUUCUGAAGUGCCUUUCCCAAAGGAAUGCCACGAGGGCCAAAGAGGAAAUCAUGAUCUGGACUGCUGUUUCAAAAUAGAAGUCCAUUCUCCAUCCAUUCUAUCCAGCCUUCCAUCCUGCCUUCUAGUUUUCUUCAUCUUACCCUUUUAGUGGUGCACUUUUAAGCUAAAAUCAUCCUCGUUUGCCUUGUCUUUCUGAACCUCUGUACCCCUUCCCUCGUUUUCUUUCUUCUGCCCACUCCCUUGACCUCCACCAUUCGCCCCUCCCUCACAACCGCCGUCCUCCCCCCUCGCCCCCGCCCCCAGUCAUCUCCCUCCACUUCCUCUGCCCCCUCCUCCCCUCACCACCACCACUACCACCACCACCACCACCAUCCUCACCCUCAGUCCCACUCCCACCACCACCAGCACCUUCACCACCAGCUUUCCUCCUCGCCGCCUCGCGUUUCACCCCCUCCCUUCACUACCUCGGCUGUGAUGAUGGCGACCGCCGCCACAGCUUCCUCCUCAUCCCCGUCCACCUCAUCGUCGCCCAACAGCAGCGCCCGGGAGCACCUGCUGGCAGUGCGUCGGCGCACCCCGCACACCCGGCCGUACACAGUUGGACCCGACAACCUCCGCAGCCUGUCGGUGCAGGGAGCAGUCGGAGCCUCAUCAGCAUCCUCCUCCUCCGCCAUGUCAUCGGCGAACCAGCCUGAAGCGGUGGGGGUGGGGCUCCAGAGGGCCAAUAGUGACACAGACCUGGUGACCUCAGAAAGCCGCUCAUCACUCACGGCGUCCACAUACCAGCUGACAUUAGGCCACAGCCACCUGGUGAUCUUCUGGGACAUUAAGGAGGAAGUGGAUGCCACCGACUGGAUUGGCCUGUACCAUAUUGAUGAGACGUGUGUGGCCAAUGUGUGGGACUCCAAGAACCGUGGAAUAAAUGGCACCCAGAAAGGACAGAUUGUGUGGAGACUGGAGCCGGGGCCCUACUUCAUGGAGCCUGAGACAAAGGUCUGCUUUAAAUACUAUCAUGGUGUAAGUGGAGCAUUAAGAGCGACGACGCCGUGUAUCACCGUCAAGAACCCUGGAGUGUCGGUGAGCAGCGAAGGCCAAGCAGAGGACCAAUCAGGAAAUGAGCACUGUCGGAAACUUGUCAGCUUCACCCUAUCAGUCAUCCGCGCAGUGGGCCUCAAGAAGGGCAUGUUCUUCAACCCUGACCCCUAUCUGAAGAUGUCCAUCCAACCUGGGAAGAGGAGUGGCCUCCCCAAGUUCACCCAUCAUGGCCAGGAGAGACGGUCCUCCAUUAUAGCCAACACCACCAACCCUGUGUGGCACGGGGAGAAGUACACCUUUGUGGCUCUGAUGACUGACGUGUUGGAGAUCGAGGUGAAGGAUAAGUUUGCCAAGAGCCGACCAAUCAUCAAGCGCUUUCUGGGUCAGCUGAUCAUCCCCGUGCAGAGACUUCUGGAGGGGCCAACGGCUGAUGAUCAGCCUGUCAGCUACAGCCUGUGUCGCCGUCUUCCUACGGACCAUGUGAGCGGACAGCUUCUGUUCAGAGUGGACAUCACUUCCACCGGACAAGAGGAGUCGUCCCCAGACGCAGUGGGAGCCAUCCUGGGCAGUGCAGUGAAUGGCGACCCUGGGAGUCCCUCUGAUGAUGAAGACCUCCCUCACCCCUCUUUAUCUUCACAUGUCACAUGUGGACCUUCUCCCACUGGCUCCAGUGAGGGCCCCUUGUUAGUUAACGGUUCUUGUUACUAUGGCAGUGAUAGCGUGUGGCAGGAAAGGCAAAUGAGAGAAGAGGAUCUCCUUCCUGCGGCUUUGGGCAGCCACACCCACCGGCAGGUGUCGCUCAACGACUACCUGGACGCCAUCGAAGCUCCCAGGAGCCCCGGGGACCGACCUCUAACGGGGCCUUCACCCAAACUUCGCUCCAGCUUUCCGACAGACACGCGGCUCAACACCAUGCUGCACAUAGACUCAGAUGAGGAUGAGGAGACGGCAGGGCAGCACAGGGAGCAAUCACAAGAGAUGAAGGCCCAGCAAAGUACAAACCCAUCAAAGAGAUCACCGGAGCCUCGACACGUGAACAAGGGUUCAAAAAGUGAGCCGUGUGGGCACACUGGUGCUGGAGCUGAAGGUGGAGCUGAGGCCACAGCAGAAGCAGGUUCUUCUGCUGGUGCUGAAGGUGCAGCGGCAGCUUCAGAAAGUGCAGCUGAGACCAGGGAGGCUGCACAUGUCACUGGAGAAACGUCCACAGCCUCCACCUCAUCAGAGGCGUUAGGGGCUGAGGUGAGUGCAGCAGUUGGAACAGGAGAGUCUGGAGGGGAAUGCACCUGUCAGGAGCAGAGCUGCAGGAGGAGGGCAAGCCAGGAGCUGCCCUGUAAUCCCUCACUUGGUCCGCUUUCACCUAUUCAGGAGGUAGAAACAAGAAAAGAGAUGGCUCCAAAGGCAGAGGAAGAGGGGGCAGAGUCAUCAAGCAGUGAGGCAAAUGGUCCGGUGGCAGCAGCUGCUCCAGCCAGCAGCAGUACAGCUGAUCAAGAAGAAGCAGGUUCUUCUGAAGCUGGAGCGAGAGCUGAAGGGGAGGACGGGCUGGAGGGGCAGGAGGAGAAGGAAUGGGAGGUGUGGAGGAGGCGGUCCAUGCAGGCCUCCGGAGGCGCCGCCCAGAACCAGGAGGUGUGUGGGUCCAGAGAGAGUGAAAGCGGGAUGUCGCUGGGUGAGAGAGAGGCAGGCGCCACAGCUCAAGUCAACGGCCACCAGUCCGUUCGCUCCCUUCCAUCUGUCCGCCAUGACAUCAGCCGCUACCAGAGAGUGGACGAGCCUCUGCCACCUAGUGAGUACUGGGAGGCUCGCAUCGACAGCCACGGUCGCAUCUUUUAUGUGGACCACGUGAACAGAACGACGACAUGGCAGCGUCCCACAGCUCCCCCCGCCCCACAGACCCUCCAGAGGUCCAACUCCUUGCAGCAGAUGGAGCAGCUGAACCGCAGAUACCAGAGUAUACGUAGGACGAUAACCAAUGACAGCAGACCAGAGGAGCAGCAGUCGGGAAGUGAGCUUCCAAUGGACGAGGUUGAUGCAAACUCCUCCAUCCCAGAGCUGCGUAGGGAUGGCAGCGUGGCUCAGUCCAGUUCUAGGUCCCGUCUCACCCUGCUGCUUCAGUCGCCCAGCGCCAAGUUCCUCACCAGCCCCGACUUCUUCACCGUGCUGCAUUCUAACCCUAGUGCCUACCGUAUGUUCACCACCAACACGUGUCUGAAGCAUAUGAUCAGUAAGGUUCGUCGGGACGCUCACCACUUCGAGCGCUAUCAGCACAACAGGGAUCUGGUGGCCUUCCUCAACAUGCUGGCCAACAAACAGCUGGAGCUGCCAAGAGGCUGGGAGAUGAAGCACGACCACACGGGCAAGCCUUUCUUUGUGGACCAUAACUGCCGUGCCACCACCUUUAUCGACCCCCGGCUGCCUCUCCAGAGCUCUCGGCCCCCCAGCCUCCUGGCUCACCGUCAGUACCUCACCCGUCAACGCAGCCACAGCGCUGGAGAGGUCAGCCCACGCCGACUGGUUGGUGAAGACCCUCGUCAUGCUGGUCCGCCCAUCCUGCCGCGACCUUCCAGCACCUUCACCUCAGCCAGCAGGGGGCAGUGUCAGGAAGUUGUGCCAGUUGCUUACAAUGACAAGAUUGUGGCGUUUCUUCGACAACCAAACAUCUAUGAGAUUUUGCAGGAGAGACAGCCUGACUUCAACCGCAACCAUGCACUCAGGGAGAAGGUGCAGCUGAUUCGUACAGAUGGAGUGUCAGGAUUGGCCAGGCUGUCAGGAGAUGCCGACCUUGUCAUGCUGCUAAGUCUAUUCGAAGAUGAAGUAAUGUCCUAUGUGCCUCCCCACACCCUACUUCACUCCAGUUACUGUCAGUCACCUCGAGGGUCACCUGUCUCCUCACCGCAGAACUCACCCGGUACUCAGAGAGCUAAUGCCAGAGCCCCAGCGCCCUACAAGAGAGAUUUUGAGGCUAAACUACGCAACUUCUACAGGAAGCUGGAAACUAAAGGCUAUGGCCAAGGACCAGGGAAGCUAAAACUGAUCAUCCGACGCGACCACCUCCUGGAAGAUGCCUUCAACCAGAUCAUGUGCUACUCCCGCAAAGACCUACAGCGCAGCAAGCUCUACGUUAGCUUCGUCGGGGAGGAGGGUUUGGACUACAGUGGACCUUCCAGAGAGUUCUUCUUCUUGGUUUCCAGAGAACUGUUCAACCCUUAUUAUGGUCUAUUUGAGUAUUCAGCCAACGACACGUACACCGUUCAGAUCAGCCCCAUGUCUGCUUUUGUAGACAAUCACCACGAAUGGUUCCGGUUCAGCGGUCGCAUUCUAGGCCUGGCUCUGAUUCAUCAGUACCUGUUGGACGCCUUCUUCACCAGACCCUUCUAUAAAGGCUUACUGCGCAUUCCCUGUGACCUGAGUGACCUGGAGUACCUGGAUGAGGAGUUUCACCAGUCUCUCCAGUGGAUGAAGGACAAUGACAUCGAAGACAUGCUGGACCUCACCUUCACUGUCAAUGAGGAAGUUUUCGGACAGAUAACAGAAAGGGAGCUGAAGCCUGGAGGAGCCAACAUCCCCGUCUCAGAGAAGAACAAGAAGGAGUACAUUGAGCGGAUGGUGAAGUGGAGGAUAGAGAGAGGGGUGGUCCAGCAAACUGAGAGUCUGGUCAGAGGCUUCUAUGAGGUGGUGGAUGCCAGGUUGGUGUCUGUGUUUGAUGCCAGAGAGUUGGAGCUGGUGAUCGCUGGCACUGCUGAGAUUGACUUAUCAGACUGGAGGAACAACACGGAGUACAGAGGAGGUUACCAUGACAACCACAUUGUGAUCCGGUGGUUCUGGGCAGCAGUCGAGAGGUUCAACAAUGAGCAGAGACUGAGACUCCUGCAGUUUGUGACCGGGACAUCCAGUAUUCCUUACGAAGGAUUUGCCUCUCUGCGAGGCAGCAAUGGGCCCCGCAGGUUUUGUGUGGAGAAGUGGGGGAAAGUCACCUCACUACCCAGAGCUCAUACCUGUUUCAACCGGCUGGACCUGCCUCCUUACCCGUCCUUCUCCAUCCUUUAUGACAAGAUGCUGACUGCUGUGGAGGAGACCAGCACGUUUGGACUUGAAUGAGACUCAUCUAUCCACACCUUCAGCUGCCCUCAGUCUGCCCCUGAGGACUGCUGGUGGUAGUUAGAGGGUACAAACUGGACAGGGUGUCCCAAAUCAAGAUUUAAAGUCUGUUUUAUUUAUAUCAGGACCUAUUUUUUAAGAGAAACUGAUGAAACGUGAAGCUGAUCUCUUAAAAUUAAGUAAACAGUGUUUGUUGCACCUGCACAUAUUUUGCACCGGCUUCGUAAACUAGUUGCACUUGUGUGAUGUGACAAAUGAAGAUGCACACUGCCUAUGGGAUCAGGACAGACCACAGCUGACCAAUCACAGACCUGGAUGUUUAUUUCACUUUCAUAGGAGGAGGUUAAGACACAUCAAAGACUUAAGAAGCAAUCACUGCCUUCACUGCAAAAGCUGAAAGGAUUCAGCCUCUUUUACUUUUGUUUGGACGGGGCUCGGAGGACCAUCGAGUCCAAAACUCUUUCAGUGAAGCGCUUGUAGUAAAGCGUCUCCUUGUGGCCUGCUGCAGUAACUGCACUCCCGUCGAUGGUGUAUUUCUUUCUAAAAGCCUUUACAGGUCUGCCUAACGUACCUUUAGGUAAAGACUGUGGGAUUGUUUUUCCACUGGAAGUUGCCCACGGCUGAUUUUGGAGUCCAGUCAGGAGUUUUGCUAUCGUUGUUACAGUAUUUUCCUCUACAAGAAAAAGUGAUUUUCUAAUGACGUGGCAGUGACUUGAUGUGAUCUGAAUGUAACUUUUUGAUGUAGAUUGUGUGGGGAGUGACUUUUCUACCAGAUCUGGAUCAGUUGGCAAAAAAAACUUUCUAGGCCACAAUUCACUUAAUCAUGUCUUGAUGAGCAAAUUAAGUUAAUUAAGAUACAUAAUCCACCAUAAACAUAUGCUUUGAAUGUAUCUAAUUGAUUUUAAACCAACUUUGAGCCAGAUCUAUUUUCGAAAAUUUGUUACAACUACUCAACCUUCAAGAAAUGUUUUAACAAAAAAUAAAUGUAUGUCUAAAUUUACAAAGAUAUCGCAUUUCUACCCACCAUCUAAAAAUGAAAGGAGUGGCAAGAGGGGAGCAUGGGAAGGCUGUAAGGUGGGGGUUUCACCAUGAAAAUACAUAUCACUUCUGCAGCUAUAUAUCUGUCUAAAAGAUGUAAACCUUUCCCCUUUCUUUCAAUUUUCAAGUCCAGUCACUUUGCUUUACAAUAGCUAGAAUGUGAAAGGAUCUCUUCCAUUCAGUCAAUCGGAGUAUGUAUCAGGGAGUGAUAUAUAAGCCAUAUCAGAACGUUGGCAGUCUGUGCCAGUAACAUUGAAUUCCAUUAUUCUGAUACCAAAAAGUCCCUUAAUUGAAUGUCUUUAAACAUAAACCCAAUUUACGUUCAGAGCUAUUGCUUCAUAAGUCUCAACAAGUUAACAUAAGCCUUUGUGGAUGCAGUGAUCUCCAGUCACAAACAAUAACACCAACAUUUCAAGAUGUCAGUUUUGAGUACAUGUUCAAAUAGAAAGUUGUCGUUCUACAUACAGCUCCAAAUGUUCGUCUUACAUAAGCUUGAGAUGUUUGCUUCUUUCAUUGGCUUUUGGUUGCCUGUAGCUUGUAUCUGAUUGUCCGACUCUUCCAUCCCUUCACCGUCUAGGUUAUAUUUAAUAUUCCUGACACAAAAAUGAUCCGUUUCCACAAAUGGUUGUAGUUAUCCUUUAGCAACGCUGCCACAAAUCUGCAGCAAGGUCAUAUUUUCAUUUUUAAUAUCAACUUACGGCGAACUUGUGGAAAAUUUUGAUUUUUUUGCUGCUGGUUUAGAAAAACAUUGCAGCAAGUUUGGAACAAAGUAACAUUUUAUGGGAUUUUAAGACACUAUACCUGUUAACAUUUAAAAAAAAGGCCAUCCAUUGCCAAAGGUUAACUACAACCGUAGGUACGUGUGGUUACAGAUGUGAAACCUCAAUGCAAAAUGUCAUGAAGUCAAGAAAACAUGAGGGAACAGGAACAGACAUUGUAUUUCCACCAGGUUACAUCAUUAUGCUACAGUAGGUGUUACUGACGUUUGUCAUGGAUGGUGUGUUGCUUGUGGAAUGUGGAACAGUUUUAUCUCCUUUUAUAAAGGAACCAGUGUACCCUAUCCUCAAGAAGAUAGGAAAGGAGACAUGGAAGCACCUAAUCACAGCAUUUAGAGAAUUCAAAUAGCUGUUGUCAUUCUGUGGUCCUUACAAAGUACAAAAGGUAUGAAUACAAUUGAUCAUAUUUGUCAUAAUAGUCAAUCACUUGAAGGGUAUGUGCACUCCUGGUGGCUCAAGAUAGCAAAGUCCUGUGACAAACACCUAUCAGGCUUAACAGUAUGACCAUCUGCUUAAUAUUGUCUUAGUCCCCCUUAUGUUGUCAAAAAUGCUCUAAACCAUUGGGCCUGGACCAGAGGACCUCUCAGGGUGUCCUAUGGGGUCUGGAACCAGGACGUUGGCAGUGGAUCCUUUGGGUACUCUGGGUUGUGCAGUGGUGAAGCAAACUUGUUCCAGUGCAUCCUGUUGGUGUUUGAUCAGAAUGGGGUCUUGGAAGUUUGGAGGUCAAAUCAACAUCCUGGGCGAUUGUCAUGUUACCCAAGAUGUUCCUGAUUGAGUGAUGUUUUUGCAGUGUGGUUGGGUGCAUCUUCCUGUAGGGGUAUGCCAGUGACAUUUGGGAUUACUCUCUGUGUUCUGGGACAGCGUUCACUUGGGUGUCUUAGCCUCAUCAGACCACCACAUAGUACCAAUAUGAUCAAUGUUAUUCACUUCACCUGUCAGUGGUCAUAAUGUUGUGGCUGAUCGAUGUAUCUUCAACUCCACAGAGGAUUGUACCUCACAGUAGCCACAAAUGCAGCCAGAUGUAGUUGGACAUCCUGGUGUUUUUGGAAUACUGCAGUUGGCAUACCAUGUAUUGGGACAUCUUUAUCUUGCAUCCUAUAUAGUAUGUGAUACGGAUAUUGGAACGCACCCACAGAUAUUCAAUCACAGCCUCUGUCCAUAGGACCUCAUCACGUGACUUGUAUCAUGUCUUUUAAGGUGGUGCCAUGCACUGUAGGUUUAUCUUAACCCUUUAAUGAGCAACAUGGGUCAAAAGAUACCCAUAUUCAAUGGAAUAUGAGUAUCUUUUGACCCAUGUUGCGCAUCAAAGGGUUAAUGAACAGCAGUGGUGCUCGAAAUAUAGUCGAAAUUUAGGCCUCGUAGUGUGUGAGCUGUUCUACAGCUCAUACACAAUUCUAGUACCAUACUCCACUGCUGUCUGCUAAUUAUUCAGAAUUGCAACAAGUCACAGUUUACAGACAUUAAAAUGAACCUCUGAAUGAUGAUCAUUGCUAAAGGUUCAAAAUCUUCACUGUUAUAUAAUAUAAACUUUUAAGGGAAACUUUGAAGGAAUUAUUGGAAUUUUCUUCCUGAAGGUUUUGCAAAUUUUCAGAAAUUUGGAGAAUUUUUUGCUGAAUUUUUGGAUUUUUUUCAGACAAGGAAACAGUAUUUUUUGGUGCCUGUAAAUGAAGAUAACAGGAGGGUUAAUGUGCAGUUUAAUUAUCAGUCAGGUUCAAAUCAGGCACACAUUUAACAGUAAAUACCAGACAGACACCACAAUAGAAGCAUGGACAUUGUAUAAAAUCCACUUUGAAGGAGCUUGCAGUGCAUCCUUCCUCUUUUGUACACUGAGAUAAUUAUCAACUGCCCUCUUCACUCACAUUCCCUACUGCACUAUGAAUGUUAGCAUGCCUUCUUCGUCCACAUCAACAUGUAGGUAAAUGUUUUGGAGGUAACAUUGAUAUUUUAUGCACACAGUAAAAUCCUGAACCUAAACCAAUCUCAUAUUUCUAUUUUAGUAAGUCAAACUGACUAACUCAUAGAUGCUAUCUCCUUAAUUGUGACAUAAAAUCUAAUCUUUUUUACUUACAAUUUGUCAAAAACUCAAGAAUGUUGACUUUGGCUUACUUAUUUCUGGCUAUUUUGUGCCAUUUAAGUUGCAUCUUGCUUCGCUUUUCAUUUGCUUUGUCUGUCCCUUGCAGAAACUGGCUUCCAUUUGACCAGAAUUACUACAGACUCACUGCUAAUAUGUUAAGAGGACGAUACACAGCUUUGAUAUCUACACAGCUUGAACUAUUCCAGGUCAAAAAGAGGACAUGUCCAACUGAUCCUGCUGUUCUGAACUGUAAAACUGAUCUUGUUCUGGACCUGAUGUUUUCCUUUACAGUUUUAGAGAAUGAAGAUAAAGAUUGGUAGGAACCUGGAUGUGCAAAUUCACUUUAAUUCCGUUUCUCCCUCACAGUCCCAUGUCUGUUUAACCAGAAUGUACCAAAGUUUUGAGCCUGAACUGGUUCCCUUUACAUUUAAUGACCACUUUUUCUGUAGUUCACCUCACUUUUAAAUAUGAAUGUUUGUCAGUACUCCUCCAAAAAAAAUAAAAUUUAAUCUCUCUA